AUGAUCUGGGAGAAUACAUGGCCUACAGCACGGGUCAUCGAAGCUGCAUCAUGGGAGAAAUUCGACGACGCUACGGCCGGGGAAGUCGUUGAUGAGAUUGAGGAAGCCAAUGACAGUAAUGACGACGACCGAGAAACACCAGGAUUCAAGCAAUUCACUAUCCUUCGUCCUCUAGGCUCUUUUGACGCACUCUUGCAGAGUGAUUCUAGCUCGAGAUUCUUAGAGACACGGUCCCCAUUGGAAGAGUGUCCGCCUCCGAUCGCCCUCUGGAUAUGUCACGAAUCUCGCAUGCAUAGUUUAAGAAAGUAUAUCUUGAUCCAACAUCCGGAUCUGCCCGAACGCUCGUUCUAUUUGAACCCGCGCCAGGACCUUCUCUGGUUGAGUUGCGAUAUUACCGACAAUUCUGAUCUUCUAAAGGAGCUGCAAGAAUCCUACCGGAAUUCCCUUGCUUCAUUCAGGAAUCUUCUUGUCGAGGAUAUAGAGUGGGAAGGUUGGAACCUAUCUUCUUCAAUGGUCGUAUCCAUCUUGCCUGCUCUGCAGACUGUUGUACUCAUAGCAGAUGACCAUGAAGAUGAUAACACGCUGAUUAAAUACAGCAUCAAGGAGUACGGUGAGUUCGCUACCAGAUACAAAGCCGAGUAUUCUAUGUUCUGUGGGCUUGGGGGGGGUGGGCACAUCAUAUCAGCUUGA